GAUGUUGCAUGGCGUCCAUGUGCGAAUGACGGAGCACCACAUCGACGUCGCACCCGUCGCCGGGACUGGGGCUGGCGGAACGAGCAAAUGGGGAUGGCAACGAUGGUUCCGCGUCCGUCGUCCUCGAUUUUCUUUUCCCCGUGGCCAUCUCCUUCUUUCUCCAUGCCCCCUCCUCCAUACCGGCCGGCGGCAAUGGCUAGCAGCGGCGAUGACGAUGGUGGGGUUCAUCGAUGGCGAGCUGGGGAAAUGCAUGUCAGGUGAAGGGUGGCCACAACGGCGCGGGCGUCUUUGGUCUUGGUAUUCCGCCCUUGGCGCCGCUAAUCAGGUAUGGCGUGGCGGUCUCCGCCUAUCGCCUGCGCGUCCUAGAACCAAGACCAACCUCAUCGGAAGUCGGCACCAGAACAGACACUUAACGUCAUCUUGUCCGCCUGGCAUCCGAAGCCCUUCUGCAAGUUUUGGUGGGCGUGCAAGCCUGAUUAGCUCGAUAGCCUCACACCUCUGCCGCCAAGCUCUUGUCCGCUCUUGUUCCAGAGCCAGCAGAGAUGCAGCCUUGCUGCUAGCCGGUUGGCAUUUCUUCGUCAUACACCAGCUUGGAGCCGAAGCUUGUUCAGAACGCAAACCUGUUGACCGAUUCCUCCCAAUUCCAGCCCGGCCCUCUAUCGGCGAACCCAUCUUUCAGCCUCUCAGUGGCGCAAUCCGCCCCUGUGCUGGCUGAAUCAGUCGUCGAUGCUUACAUCUGUUAAGGGUCUUGACUUCGACCUUGGUACACUUUUUCCAGCCCAUUGCUGCAGGUGGCUUCUGGCUUGACACUUGCUGCCCCACAAUUCUCAGCCAGUUUACGUGUGGAUAUGACGAACUGUAUCGUCAGCCCGUCUUCUGUUUCGUCUGUCUGAUGUAUGUAUGUGCAUGGAUUGAUAUUCACCCGGGAUGCUGAUGCAUCUUGAACUCGUGAUGCUUCCUUCAUGUACAUACACGCAAUCCGGUCAGUGGCCUGUUCCGCGAGGCUUACACGCUGAAGCUUCCGAAUCAAGCAGCCACUUCAUCCGAGCAUCCGUCCUUUGAACACGUUCAGCUCCAUUCCCGUGCACAGGUACAGUCUUCAAAUGUCCUUAAUGCCUCAUCGAAUCAAACACCUGGAUAGCUGCAGCGUGGCCAAUGUUGCACGGUGGGGCUUCGGGUCUAUACACCUCUACUUUAAUCCUCCAAGUUAUCCCAUCUUCGAAGGGUUUCAAUCUUCGUAUUGGCCAGUAGGAUCCCUGCAUGAUCCUAAUGUCUUGGACUCUCUUGUAUGCAUCAAUCGGAAAGAUGGGUCUUAUCAGU